AUGCGGGUCGAUUUUUUGCUCAUCACCCUGGAGCAAGAAACCUGGCAGGAGCAAGGUGCAGGCAGCCACCGUCAGCUUGAAGCAACUCGCCUGGCUUGCGCAGGGCAUCUCGCUUUGGACAACCCCAGCAACGCCCAGCGGCUGGCGAGAGAGCUCUUGCGCUUGGCUCAGGUUGAGGCUGCGCCGAAGGUGCUUGCACGUGCCACCACUCUUUUCGCGUCUGUGCAGCUGGCAGCAGGCAAUCUGGAUUCCGAGACUGGUGCCCUUUCACUAGCAGAGCAGGCUACAAGGCUGUGUCGCGAGUCGGGUGAUCUGCAGGCAGAAGCCAAGGCCGUUCUGAUGCUGCUGCAGGCCACAAGGCGGAAACUGGAGAAGGCUCCGUUGUCUGGCCAAGACGGGGCCAAAAGGACAUGUCUUCAAGCGAUGCAGAUUGCCUUCAGAUUGGCUGAGCUGCAAACUGGCCUGCAAUUGGCGGUGGAACUGCUUGAGCACCUGGCGGAGGUGAUGGGUACAUGUGGAACGGCCUCAGAGGCACUCCCACUCGCCACACGGUUACGUGCAGUGUGCGAAGAAGAUGCCUCCCUUCAUGCGCCAGUUCUUGCGACAACUGCAGGGAUCAUGUUCAAGAGCAGCCGCUGGAAUGAGUGCUGCACUUUCGCGCAAGACGCGGCCCGCCUCUUUGAGGAGAGCGGCAAGCAACACCCGGCUGCCUGCGCCUUGUCACUUGUGGCUCAGGCGCAGAUGAAGCUGAAGAAGUGCAGUGCCAGCAGGCAGAAUGCGCGACGUGCUCGGAGACGAUUCGGAGAAGCGGGAGAUCACGAACAAGAGAUCCGGCUACGCCUGGUUGUCGUGCGAGCUUGCUUAGCCAAAGACGAGAGGGGUAAUCGGCAACAAAGGGAUGCAUUCCGAGAGGCCCAGGAAGCUAUGAAAAUGGCAGCAGAAUUGGGUAAGCCAGAUCUCAUGGUGUCCACUCUUGCAGCCUAUGCCAUGGCAUGUUACGAGAUGGACCAGCAUGAUACUUGGUUCUAUGGUGCAAAGGCCAGUGAGAAGCUUGAGCAAUACGCCAACGCCAAGCGGUACGUGGAAAAGGCGUUGGAGCUGGAGGCAGCCAUAGAAACAGCUGGCAUCCCGGAGCAGGGAAUCAUUUCCGAAGCAGAAGCCGCUGACAUGUUCAGCGAGUGUCGGACGCUUUCCGACUCCUUGCAGAGGAAGCUCCUCUUCACGCGUGCCACGGCCCCACUGCUCGCGCAGGAGAAGUGGCAGCAGGAUGAGAACCGUCGAGCACCGAACUCGCAACGAGGCGGCUUCUUCACUGCGUCAGGUUUCAAGUGCCCGGCUUGUGGCGGGGCCAGGCAGCCGACCAACAGGUCUGACAGGAAGAGCACGGCCGAGACCAAGCACGAGGUCAAGCGGGAGGCCGCUAGGCCGGCAAAGCCAGCUGUGCAGGGUGGGUUUUUGAACCGCGCGAUGCAGCGAGAAGAGGAUGCUCCUCUUCAACGCAGAAUACAACAGAUCACGGGCCAGUUGCUCGGCUUAGAUUGGCAGACGAUUGAGGGAGACGUUCCUCUGAGCGACAUCGGCCUCUCAAGCGGGGCAGCAGUGAUGCUCCGGGAUGAGCUGCAAGCAGAUGUGCGAGGCAUUAAGCUGCCUCCAACUUUGUUCUUCGACUAUCCCACCAUCAACGAAGUCCAUCCAAAAGGCCUUGUGGUCACAAGAUGCCCUGCGCCCAGCCUCGACGACAAGCUUCCUGCCCCCUCCAAAGCGACGCUGGUCGCCGCCUUCCAAGUCCCCUUGGAGGCGUCUCCAAGGAAAAAGGGAAAGAAGCAUCGGCACUCGACGGAUCUGGAAGACCUGCCGCCGCCCGCAGCUCCUGACUUGCCGGCGGUUCCAAGGUUUGGGCAGCGCCAGGCCCAGAGGCUCGCGCAGCGCCCCGUCGCUGCCUUGCCGCGCACUCCGCAGUUCUUCGUUCGGUUCGGCCCGCCGAUGACUGCCGAGGACCUCACACACGAUGCGCCAUCCGUGCUUGUGGAAUCCAGAAAGCUGAUUGAUGACGUGCUGGAGCGCCGGGACAAGCUCCAGUCUGCUCCCGAUUAUGUCGCACCUGACACCCCCUUCUGGCGGGUUCCUGCCAAGACACGGAACAAGCGGGGCCCCAAGUGGGACUUUCAGCCGGAGGAGGAGGAGGCACCUCAGGAUCAAGCUGAGGCUGCUGAGCAACUGAAGGGCAUUCUGGACCUGCACAGCGAGGAAAAACUGGGCCCUACGCCGGGAGGUCGCCGCAGGUCAGAGCCGUUGUCGCCCAGCAAUGCGACCUCCAAGCUCGUUCGCCUCGGAGACCAGGCGGCCGCUGCCCCCGCGGAGGCGGCAGAAUCUACCGAAGGUUCCUCCAGUCAGCCGGAGGCAGCGGCAAGCAGUUCUGAGCCGGAGCCAUCGGUCAGGCAGCCGUCGAAACGUCCGGAGGAAAGCUUGAUCACCUCUCUGCGCCAAAAAGCUGCAGAGUAUGCACGAACUGGGGUAGACCCCGAGCUGGUGGAGAGCCUGUCUGAGGCUCUGCAGCACCACCCUGGCACGGAACGGGAUUUUGAAGCUCUGGUCCUGGAGGGCAGGGCAUCUGUAUCAACCAUCAACGAGCUGAUCCGUGCCCAAGGGCUGCAGGGCCGGAUGGCAGAUGCGAUGCAGACGCAUGACACCAUGAAGCUGCACGGCUAUGCUCCGGACUCCGAAACCUUCGUUUCACUUCUGGCAGGGGCAGCCCAACAAGAGGAUGCUGCGCUUGCGAGACGCCUCUACCUCAAGAUGCGAGAGCAACUGAUCACCGCAACUCCGAAAGUGUACGCCACCCUCAUGCAGGCGCAUGUCCGUGCAGGAGACACUGCUUCUGGAUAUGCCUUGCUUCGGAAGAUGGAAGACGAGUCAAUUCAGCCUGACGUGGUGGUUCACACCGUGCUCAUCAACGGCCUUGUGAAUGAAGGGCGCAUCGAGAGAGCUUGGGAGGAGUUCCAUGCUGCCAGGACAUGGAAGCUCAUCCAGCCUGAUGAGGUCUUGUUUACUGUCAUGAUAAAGGCAUGUGCCAUCAUGCAAGAAGCUGAGAGGGCCCUGAAUUUGCUGGAUGACCUCCGGACUUGUGGGCUCUACCCCACCGACAUCACCUAUGGCGAAAUCAUCCAUGCGGUUUCUACCACGACGGACCAUGCGAAAAAGGCCUUUGACUUCUAUCGCCAGAUGCAGGCUGAAGACUUGCCCAUCAGUGCUUUCGUUUUUGAGCACUUGCUGGAAGCUUGCCGGCAACUGGGAGAUGCCAAGCGAGCACGGAACAUUGUGGAAGAGAUGGGCGAGCACAAUGUGGUCCUGAGCCCUGCCAUGUACUGCAGUCUGGUGGGGGUCUUCGCCACGGCGAUGCGACGGCCCCACAUCGCAGAUGUGGAGAGGUUGCAAAACCUCCGGCACGCUUCCGGGCAAGUUUUGAGCAUGAUUUGCAUAAUAUGA